CAUGUCCUCUUCUCACCGCAAAACAAACAGAGACCUCACCGGAAAAUCAACCAAACAGAAGCUUCAUCACUCUCCCACAAUGGCUUCCACAACCAACGGACAAGAAGACCAGAACCAAGCCGGAAGGCAUCAAGAAGUCGGCCACAAGAGUCUCUUACAAAGUGAUGCUCUGUAUCAGUACAUUCUGGAAACGAGCGUUUAUCCAAGGGAGCCUGAAUCGAUGAAGGAAUUAAGAGAUUUAACAGCGAAACAUCCGUGGAAUAUAAUGACGACAUCGGCUGAUGAAGGACAGUUUUUAAACAUGCUGUUAAAGCUGAUCAAUGCGAAGAAGACGAUGGAGAUUGGAGUUUAUACUGGAUAUUCGCUUCUGGCUACGGCCCUAGCUCUUCCUGAAGAUGGAACGAUUCUGGCUAUGGAUAUUAAUAGAGAAAAUUAUGAGUUGGGUUUGCCGGUGAUUGAAAAAGCGGGCGUUGCUCAUAAAAUCGAGUUCAAAGAAGGACCUGCUCUCCCAGUUCUUGACGACAUGGUUGCUGAUAAGAAGAAUCAUGGAAGUUAUGACUUCAUAUUUGUGGAUGCUGAUAAAGACAACUACAUAAAUUACCAUAAAAGAUUGAUCGAUUUAGUUAAAGUUGGUGGAGUGAUCGGAUAUGACAAUACCCUAUGGAAUGGAUCGGUGGUUGCUCCACCUGAUGCACCCAUGCGCAAGUAUGUUAGGUAUUACAGGGACUUUGUGUUGGAGCUCAACAAAGCUCUUGCUGCUGACCCUAGGAUUGAGAUUUGUAUGCUUCCUGUUGGUGAUGGAAUCACUCUUUGCCGCCGGAUCAACUAAACAUCCUAUUAUUUCUUGCACUCACUCCUUCAUACACGAUCACUCUUCUUCAUUGUUUGUAAUGGAAGGAUCUCGCUUCAAUUUGACUCUUCUUUUUUACAAUUUGAUCCUUUUUCCCCCCUUAAUAUCAAUCUAUUUCCCUUUGGAAGUUUUUCUAUGUAAUUCAAAUUGAACAUUUUAAUGAAUAAUAUUGUUUUUCUUUUAUUUUUA